AUGGCUAGUCUAGAUCAUAGUCAUUUGUAUAAGCAUGCUAGUGAUCAAAUUGAAGAUCGUCGAAAUGAUCGUCGCAAACAACAACAAGAUUUUAUACGCCGACAACGAGAUCAAUUAAUUUCAUCAAAAAGACCUCGAUAUUUUAACGAUAACGUCCAGGAUGAACAGUACUAUGAUAGCAAUCAUGUACAGACCCUGGCUCGAGGAUUGCUAAAGCAUAAUAAUUCCAGAAUGGAUAUACUGAAGAAUUUAUGCAGAGCUUUUACUCAAGAUGAGGCCUUAAUCUCAACAUUUCUAGGGUUUAAUCGUGAAUUUUAUUUCCUAUCCGUCUGUAGUGUCGACAAUGCUCUACAAUCACUAAUCGGUAUCUUAACCCAGAGUGAUUCAGAUUUGCAGGAGCAUGCUGCUUGGUGCAUUACCAAUAUUUGUACAGGAAAUCAUAAACAAACGCUACAAGUAACGCGUCUGGCUGCCCCAUAUUGUAUUACUUACCUGUCUGGACAAAAUUUGGCGAUGCAGGAUCAAUGUGCUUGGGCUAUUGGGAACAUGGCUGGGGAUGGUAAAAAAUCUCGGAAAUUAUUAGUCAAACAGGGUGUCACCAAACCUCUAGUAUCACUAUUAAACGCAACAUCUGAAAAUGUUAUACAAUCUGCUGCAUUUGCACUCUCCAAUUUCACCAGGGAAGAUGAUAUUAACCUCAAAGAAAUGAUAGAUUGUAACGUCUUGAAGUACUUGACGAACCACCUUCAAUUUGAUAAGGAAGAUAAGAUAUCUUUUACGAUUUUGCCUGAUAUAUUACAUCUACUGCAUCAUAUUACUGCCAAGGACGGAUAUGACAGUGUCUUAUUAUCGACUAAUAUUGUAAAGCUAGUAACAAAAGUCAUUCGCUUUUUAACGGAAUCACGAAAUUACCAAAUUAAAGUGCAUAAAUUAUUUUAUACUAACGGUGGCUUCGGCAAAAAACUGGGGAUAUCAUCUGAGUACGAAUUUAUUGGUGGAUCUCAAGUGAAUUUAACGGUUAUAAAUGAGAGUGGGAUUGAGCUGAUUAAGGAAGCUAUUAAACGACUUUCUUGGGCCAAUGAAAUUGGAAUAGAAGCAGCUAUGGCUUUAAGAAAUUAUGCUAGUCUUGGCUCAGAUUGUAUCCAGCAUCUUGCCCGUUUGAACGCUUUGCAAGCUGUUACGGCUAACUUAAAAUCUGCAGAUGUGGAUAAAGCAUUAGUGUUCUUAGAUAUCAUUCAGAUUACGAUAGCGACGAUUCCCGAUGGCAAGCGCAUACUGAAUCAAUUGAAUAUACAAGAGGAGUUAGAUUUACUCUUAUACCGAGAUGAUGAAUCAUUAAGAAAAACUGCUAGUCAGCUACUAGAUAGUUUUUUUGCCAUUGAAAACAGUUAA